ACAGAGUUUCAGUCCUAGAGCCAGCCUGUGGAGUUCGCUGCAAGCUUCGCGAGAUGAUUGAGGGGAGGAGGCACUCGGUGGACAUCCCGAUUUCGAGGGCGCUGGUGGCGGUCAUGCGGUCCAGAUCUCUGAGGGACCCCGACACCAACUCGCUGGCCAAGUUCUCGGCCAAGAAGACCAUCUGGGAAGGGUGCUCCCUCGAGGAGGACGACGCGGACGCCAGCAACUACGGCAGGCACAGCUUCAGCUACAACAUGUACGACCAUGCCCAGAGGAGGAGGGAGGAGUUCGGGGCCCGGCUGGCCAACUCGCCCAUCAACAUCAUCAAGGCCAACGCGAGGGUGAAGGCGGCGCUGCACAACCAGAACUGCUGCUCUGCCAUCUCCGGGAUGUCGAGGGCGGCCAAGGACAGGGCUUUCUCUCUGGUGGUCCAAGGCGAGGAGCUCGGCCGUAGGGAGCCCCAGGAGAGCGCAAGAAGCCUGCUCCAGAAGUACCGGCCAAGGUCUUUCUCUGAGCUGGCUGGGCAGAAUGUUGUUGCGCAGUCUCUUUCGAGCGCCGUCUCGCAGGGUAAACUUGCUCCGAUCUAUCUCCUCCACGGUCCGCACGGCACUGGCAAGACAUCUGCGGCGAAAGUGUUUGCAGCGGCGCUGAAUUGCCACUCUCCAGGCGGGAACCAGCCGUGUGGGCAAUGCGAGGAAUGCGUGGCCAUAUUCUCGGGAAACAGCAGCAGUGUGGUAGAGAUUGAUGCCUCCAAACUGGAUUGCAAAUCUAGAGUUGCUGUCUUGCUCAGGAAUGCCUGCGAAGUUCCUGCUUCGUCGCACUUCAAGGUUCUUAUUGUUGAUGACUGUCAGCACAUGGAUAAGGAAGCAUGGUACUCCAUCUAUAGUAGCCUCGAAGGGAUCCCCGACAGAUCAAUAUUUGUCAUGGUAACAUCUGACAUCGAUAAGCUACCAAACAAUUCGGCUGGAUGGUGCCAGAGCUAUAGGUUCUGCAAGAUAGAUGACGCAGAGAUUGUCCGCCGGUUGAGCAAGAUUUGCACAAAAGAAGGUAUGGAGUUUGAAGCCGAAGCGCUUGAGCUUCUUGCUCGCAAGGCCAGUGGUUCCAUUCGGGAUGCAGUUCAAAUGCUUGACCAACUAACUCUGCUUGGAAAAAGAAUCAGCAAAUCCGUAACAUACGACCUAAUAGGUGAUGUCUCAGACGAGGAGUUGCUUGAUCUUCUUAAUCUGUGCAUGUCAUCGGAUGCUGCUACCAUUGUCCGGAGGGCUAGGGAGCUUUUGAGUUCAAAGGUUGAUCCCCUGCAGCUAUUAGCUCAGCUUGCAAAUCUUAUCAUGGAUAUUUUAGCUGGGAAGCACCACUCAGAUUCUUCAGAAGUUCGGAAAGUUACGGGCAAAAAUACAUCUGCUGAGGUCGACGUGCACAAACUUAGGAAUGCACUGGAAAUACUUUCUGAAACUGAAAAACAAUUGAAGACCACAAAGAACCAGUCUACAUGGCUUACUGCGGCUCUAUUACAGUUCAAUAUGAGAGAGCCUUACUGCCUAGAGGCCCUGGACGAUACUGCAGGUUCAAGCAUGUUCACAGAGAGUCAGACAGAUGAUGGGGCUGCUGUCCUGAAAGAUGAAAGCUUAGAUACCAGUUCUCAUCUUUGCUAUCAGAACAAAAUCGGCUGUCUAGACAUGAAUUUAGGAGACCCAGAUGUGCUGGAGACGAUAUGGAUGAAGGCUCUUGAAAACUGCGCAUCUAAGUCACUCCAGAGUCUGUUGCAGAAAGAUGGGAAGCUGUCAUCGCUGUACACAACCCAAGGUGUAGCAGUUGCUGAGCUACAAUUCUGUCAUCCUGAGGAUGUACCAACAUCAGAGAGCUUCUGGAUGCCACUUGUGGUCUCUCUGCAAAAUUUGCUAAAGUGCAACGUGGACAUCCGGAUCAACCUUUCUCCAAUCCCCGUCAGCAACAGGGUUGUAUCCAAGAAUUCGUCGGUCAGCCUGGUCAUGCAAUCCAGAGAAGACCAACAGGCGCGGAAUGCAGUCGCCACGGACUGCAGAACUGUAGCAUCAUCCAGAAGGGAGUGCCCCUCGCCGCCGCCGCUCCCAGGGCAGCCCAAGGAGAAAGCGUCCCACAUUCUAGGAUGCCUUCACAGUGCGGACAUCGACACUGGAGACGCCGAGUCGAGGAUCCUGAGCUAUCAGAAGAUCUCUGUCAUGCCUGAAGCGUCCACCACAGGGAAUGUCCCCUCGAAAGCCGGAGAGUACACACCAAAGGUUGAAGAAGGCAGAACUCGUCGUCGCCGUGGCUGCUUCUCGAAGAUUCUACCACGUGGUGCGUGCACCGCUUGUCGGGAGUCCAAGCUGUGCGAGAAGCACAGAGCUCAGCGGCCUCGCAAGGGUCUCUUCAGCUGCUGUUUCUGCAAGAUCAGACCAGAUUGCAGAACGAAAGCUGACGCUGUGUACAGGUCAGAAACCUAGAAGGUUUUCCAUGGUUAGCAUGUUGUAACUCAAAAGUUAGGAGGCGGGCACCGUUGAAACAAGGCUGAUAAUAGCCUAUCAUUUGGUACGGAUGUGGUUAGCCAAAUUCCUUAAACGUUACACCAAUUUAGGCGAAUCUAUGUAGUGCAGAUUGCUCCUGAGUUCUGACAGAAGAGAUGUGUAUUGUA